UCAGCGCUGCCUCGAGUCACGUAAUGACGUCGGGGCCUCUCGCUUCACGCUCAGCGCCUCGAGCUGUCAUUAUCUCACCGGGAGAGUAGAAGGACAACCGGGAGACCGGGAGAGAGAGGAGCCGCUGAGACGCGUUACUGCAGAGGAAACAGACCAGUAGACGGUGGACGCUUCCUUCCUCUCUGUUCUGGGACUAACCCCGGUGGAGUGAGUUUUUUUUAUCCCGUCGUCGUUCUGAGGUUGAGGACGUCCGGCCCGUCGGCCUGACCACCACCGCCGUGGUGCGUGUGAUACAUUAAGGACUGCUCAUGCAUCGUUUAAGGACUUGUGCGGCGCGGUUGCGUCCGCUCACCGCCUCGCAGGCGGCUCAGACUGUCGGCCCGCAGCGGCCAAUCACAGUCGCCUCCGCAGGUGGCACAAGGACGUUUCAGCCAAUCCGGUGCUACACGGCACCGGUGGCCUCGGAGCCGUUCCUGAACGGGACGAGCUCCAACUACGUGGAGGAGGUGUACUUCGCCUGGUUGGAGGACCCCAAGAGUGUUCACAAGUCGUGGGACGUGUUCUUCAGGAACGCUAACGCCGGUGCUCCUCCAGGAGCAGCGUACCAGUCUCCUCUGGGUCUGAUAGCAGGUGCUCCUCUCUCCUCUCUGGUGGGAGCUCAGCCCAACGUGGAGAAGCUGGUGGAGGAUCACCUGGCAGUGCAGUCGCUCAUCAGGGCCUACCAGAUCCGAGGGCACCAUGUGGCCCAGUUGGACCCCCUCGGCAUCAUGGACGCCGAUCUGGACUCGCAUGUCCCCACUGACAUUAUCACGUCUUCCGACAAGCUGGACGUGGCUGUGUUCAAGGAGAGGCUGAGAAUCCUAACGGUAGGAGAGUUCGACUUCCUGUCACAGUUUAGUGUCGGCUGCAGACGAGGCGGCUUCUACGGUCUGGAUGAGUCCGACCUGGACAAGGUGUUCCGGCUGCCCACCACCACCUUCAUCGGAGGCUCAGAGACCGCCCUGCCGCUGAAGGAGAUCAUCCGCCGCCUGGAGAUGGCGUACUGUCAGCACAUCGGAGUGGAGUUCAUGUUCAUCAACGACCUGGAGCAGUGUCAGUGGAUCAGACAGAAGUUUGAGACUCCAGGAGUGAUGCAGUUCACUCUGGAGGAGAAGAGGACGCUGCUGGCCCGCAUGGUCCGCUCCACCAGGUUUGAGGAGUUCCUGCAGAAGAAGUGGUCUUCAGAGAAGCGUUUUGGUCUGGAGGGCUGCGAGUCUCUGAUCCCGGCUCUGAAAACCAUCAUCGAUAAAUCCUCUGAGAACGGGGUGGAGAACGUCAUCAUGGGCAUGCCUCACAGGGGGCGUCUGAAUGUUUUGGCCAACGUGAUCCGUAAAGAGCUGGAGCAGAUCUUCUGUCAGUUUGACUCCAAACUGGAAGCAGCUGAUGAGGGCUCUGGAGACGUGAAGUACCAUCUGGGGAUGUACCAUCGUCGUAUCAACCGCGUGACCGACCGGAACAUCACCUUGUCUCUGAUGGCCAACCCGUCUCACCUGGAGGCCGUGGACCCCGUGGUGCAGGGGAAGACCAAGGCCGAGCAGUUCUACUGCGGAGACAACGACGGCAACCGGGUGAUGUCCGUCCUGAUCCACGGAGACGCAGCGUUUGCAGGUCAGGGUAUCGUCUAUGAAACCUUCCACCUGUCUGACCUGCCGUCCUACACCACGCACGGCACCGUGCACGUGGUCGCCAACAACCAGAUCGGCUUCACCACUGACCCCCGUAUGGCUCGCUCCUCGCCGUACCCCACCGACGUGGCCCGCGUGGUCAACGCUCCCAUCUUCCACGUCAACGCCGACGACCCCGAGGCCGUCAUCUACGUCUGCAAGGUGGCCGCUGAGUGGAGGGCCACGUUCCACAAAGACGUGGUGGUCGACCUGGUGUGCUACCGGCGGAUGGGUCACAACGAGAUGGACGAGCCGAUGUUCACUCAGCCUCUGAUGUACAAACAGAUCAAGAAGCAGAAACCGGUUCUGCUGAAAUACGCCGAGAAACUGAUCGCAGAGGGAGCCGUCAGCCGGCAGGAGUACGAGGAGGAGAUCGCCAAGUAUGAUAAGAUCUGUGAGGAGGCGUACGCUCGCUCUAAAGACGAGAAGAUCCUCCACAUCAAGCACUGGCUGGACUCCCCCUGGCCUGGUUUUUUCACUCUGGACGGACAGCCCAAGUCCAUGAGCUGCCCCUCCACCGGUCUGACUGAAGAAAACCUGAACCACAUCGGGGAAGUGGCCUCGUCCGUCCCCGUGGAGGACUUCACCAUCCACGGAGGUCUGAGUCGUAUCCUGAAGAGUCGGGGUGAGAUGGUGCGUAACCGGACGGUGGACUGGGCUCUGGGGGAGUACAUGGCCUUCGGAUCGCUGCUGCAGGAGGGAACCCACAUCAGACUGUCGGGACAGGAUGUGGAGCGAGGAACCUUCAGCCACCGUCAUCACGUCCUCCACGACCAGAACGUGGAUAAGAGGAUCUGCAUCCCCAUGAACCACAUCUCUCCGGACCAGGCGCCGUACACCGUCUGCAACAGCUCGCUGUCCGAGUACGGCUGCCUGGGCUUCGAGUUGGGUUUUGCGAUGGCGAGUCCCAACGCUCUGAUCCUGUGGGAGGCCCAGUUCGGAGACUUCCACAACACGGCCCAGUGCAUCAUCGACCAGUUCAUCUGUCCCGGUCAGGCCAAGUGGGUCCGACAGAACGGCAUCGUGCUGCUGCUGCCGCACGGCAUGGAGGGCAUGGGUCCAGAACAUUCUUCAGCUCGUCCAGAGAGAUUCCUCCAGAUGUGCAACGACGACCCCGACGUCAUGCCGGCCCUGACGGAUGACUUUGCGGUGCGUCAGCUGUACGACUGUAACUGGAUCGUUGUGAACUGUUCGAAUCCUGGAAACUUUUUCCACGUCCUCAGACGGCAGAUCCAUCUCCCGUACAGGAAGCCGCUGAUCGUCUUCACUCCCAAAUCUCUGCUGCGUCACCCAGAGGCCCGGUCCAGCUUUGACGAGAUGCUGCCUGGAACUCACUUCCAGAGGCUGAUCCCAGAGCGAGGCUUGGCGGCGGAGCGUCCGGAGGAGGUGAAGCGUCUGAUCUUCUGCACCGGGAAGGUUUACUACGAGCUGACCAAAGAGAGGAAGAGCAGAGGCAUGGAGGACACGGUGGCCAUCGCACGCAUAGAGCAGCUCUCUCCGUUCCCGUUCGACCAGGUGGCGUCCGAAUCGGAGCGUUUCUCCAACGCCGACCUGGUCUGGUGUCAGGAGGAGCACAAGAACCAGGGUUACUACGACUAUGUGAAGCCUCGCAUCAGGACCACCAUCCAGAGAGCCAAGCCAGUCUGGUACGCUGGCAGAGGCCCGGCAGCGGCUCCGGCGACAGGAAACAAGAAAGCUCAUCUGAUGGAGCUGCAGCGCUUCCUGGACAACGCCUUCGGCCUGGACGCGUUCAAAGACCAGCAGUAGACCUCUGACCCCCGACCCCUGACCUGGAAUACACCCUCACCUGUCUGACCUUUGACCCCCCCACUGACCCUCCUGGAUUCAGUUGUGACACUCAAACUGCAUCAACACACACACACACACAGUAAUACUGCAUACUAGUAGACAAAUACUACAUCUGUGUACUACUAUAAAUACUGCACAGUCUCAUCAACAGUCCACCAGUAGCAGUACUACAUACAGCUGAUCACUGUGUACUAACUAGUACUUUAGUGUACCGUUACCGCUCAAACAUUAAAGAUUAAAUCUGAUCAAA